AUGUUCGUCUACGGUAUAAGUUCAUCCUUUAUCGUGGUCCUGGUGGCAGCCUGUUGUCAGACCCGUUUAAAGCCUGACGUACAGGAGUUGAUUUUGGCGGCCCACAACACGGUCCGGCGUGACGUCACGCCCACAGCCUCCAACAUGCAGUCGAUGAGUUGGGACCAGUCUAUAGCAAGUUUGGCACAAAGAUGGGCGGAAAAUUGUGUCUGGGGCCAUGAUGCGAAUUUUAAGAGAACCGAUAACGGGCGCUUUUCAGUGGGUCAGAACAUGGCAGCAAAUAGUGGCGAUUUGGACUGGAACUGGGCAAUCUCAGACUGGGCAAAAGAGAAAAACGACUACACGUACGAUGGCGAUAAUACGGGCAAGGUUGUGGGACACUAUACUCAGAUUGUGUGGGCAGAGACAUCAAAAGUUGGCUGUGGAUAUGCCAAAUGUGGCGAUCGGAAUCAUUAUGUGUGCAACUAUGGACCAGCGGGUAAUGUUGGCAACCAACUGCCGUAUGCAAAGGGGGAAACGUGUGCUGAGUGUCCCGAUCGCCGUACUAAUGGACUUUGUGAUUGUGGCGGGUUGGUGUGUCUAAACGGAGGGACCCUGGACUUGAAGGAGUGCAAAUGUACCUGCAAGCAACCAUUUCACAUUCAACCGAAUUGUGCACUGAACUGCGAGGGCGCCGUAGAUCCUAGCUACUGUGCGACUUUUUAUGCAGGAAAAUGCGAGGUGUACUCCAACGUACCAUAUGACUGUCCCAACAUGUGCAAGUGGUGCCCAUACGCGGACUUGAAAUUCCUCAAGUAACCAAGAUCAGCAUUUUCUGAUGACGAGAUGAUGGAAGCUUAUGAACUUGUACUUAUGUCUUGAUGCAAUAUAAACUCGCUUGUACAAUUUAUCUUUUUGCCUGUUGGGCAUACGACAAAUGUAACUUAUUUAAAUUAUUUGUGAAAUAUU